UGUAGCUUUAGCUCUAGGUAAGAAGCUAUGCAUGUGUGAUAUUCAAUUUUUUUCAACCAUGCAAAAGACAGACUACUCACAGCACGCCACGUGGAUGUCACUGCUACCUGUCACCCUCACAGCCGCGGUAACCCAUGGCGCCUCCAUCAAUGGCGGAACCCGAUACUGGAAGAGCGCUAUUGAAAAUCCAUCACCUCUUCCAUAGAAAAUUUUCAAGUGAAACAAAUCCAUGGAAGAAGAGCAACGCCUAGAGUUGAUUAGCCAUGCCAUUAAGAGGCUACUUGAAGAUAACAAGAACAAGAAAUCCUCUGAUCGGAGCUCUGUCGACGAUGGCGAUGAAAACGGAAACCCUUCUCUCCUCCGCGACUUGCUCUCUCAGAUUGAGUCACUGAAAGAAGGAACAGAAUCAGACGAGUUCACUUCUGCAUUAGAUACUUUAAAAACAAAAGUUGAGAGUUUUAUUAAAGAGGAAAUUGUUGAUGACGAGUGUAGUAGAGAAGACAUUGUCAAAGAGUUGAAGAAGCUGAAGAGGCAAAACCUUUUAACUCAUUGUCUUCUCUCGGUGAUGAUUGUAUUGACUAUUGUUUGGCAGCUCUCUGAGGUCUCCAUUAUCUUGAAUGUAAAAGAUAAAAUCAGCCAUCCCUUUAGAUCUUUGGGUAAUUUUAUCUCAGGAAUGUUCAAACGCCCUAAAACCAUUGUUGAUAAUACAGACAAGAAUUCAUCUAGACAAGACAACGACGAAGUUUCAUUGCUUCCCCCUCUCAAAAUUCCAGAACUUCCUCAUAUGGGUUUACAAUAGUUUUGGAUUUUAAUGGCUAAAAACAUUGAUUUUCCACUUGUUCUUGAACCAACAAAAGGGAGAUGGGUACAGAGAGUGAAGUUUCCAAAUGGUGAUAAGAAGAUGGUUUGGCUAGCAAUUUUGCGUCCUUUCUUCUGGAUUCAUAUGGAGGAGGAGCGUAAUAAGCGUCUCUUCAGACAUUACUCUUUUCUUUUUAUAGUUUUAUGAAUUUGGUUCUGUCCACUAUAGUAGAUUGUAUAUUGUAUUAUGGCAAAACUAUGCACCUCUUUACGAAUUUUGAUCUCAAAUCUUCUUUUUGUAA